GUGCCUGCGUGCCUGUACAGGGCUGAUGAUGGUUGGACGCUCAUCCCAUUCGGCCGCAUAUGGAUAAAUAAACAAAAUUAUUAUUAUUAUUUUUAUUGUGAUGGUGGCAGUGAAGAGUGACAGGUAAAAGGGAGAAGAGUAGGGGAAAGACAUGCAGAAAAGUGCCAUAGUUAGGAAUCAAACCCAAGCCACUGCACAUGGAUCACCUGCUUAACCCAAUGAGCUACACAUGGAGCUACCAGAUACUGUCUUGAAAGACAGCGACUUUUGAUCACAUUGUCCGUGUCCACAGUCCGAAUCUGUGAAUACCUCUCCAAUUUUACCUAACUUCCUACCUGUCCCUGAGGUGAGCUGAGUUUGACCAGGAGAGUCUUGGUGUCGCAGCUCAUUUUCUGGGUGUGAAGCAUCUAUAAAACACAGGUUUCCUGCUUGGUUGCCCUGACAACAGUGAUGUCAUGGCCCUACCUGUUCCUCAGGGAGCCACGAUGACGUCAGAGGACCUCAAAAAGAUCCUGGAUGAUCUGGAUGACAAGGAGCUGUCUGAUUUCCAGUGGUUCCUGCAGCAGCCCAACAAUGUUCAAGGCCUCCCAGCCAUCACAAAAAGCCAACUACAGACACGAGACAGGUGUAAAACUGUGGAUGUGAUGGUGGAGACUUAUGGACUUCAGAGAGCUGUGCAGAUGACCAGGGUGGUUAUAGAGAAGAUCCCCAGGAAUGAUCUGCUGCAGAGGUUUCCUGCCAGCAGCUCAGGACCAGAAGUGCAUGUCAGUGAUGUUGAAGAACCUUCAGAGAACAGAGAAACUUCCUCCUCUCAGACUCAGCCUCCUCUUCCUCAGACUGAAGAUGAGACUGUUCCGGUACCAGAACCACGUCACAUCACAUAUUACCAACAGAAGCUUCAGUCAAACUUCCAGCACACAUUUCUGGUUACAACAGAGGGGUGGGCAACAGAUGAGGAGCGUCUGGUUGAUAUCUACACAGAGCUGUACAUCACAGCUGGCCGGGACAUGCACAUAAACACACAGCAUGAAGUCAUACAGAUUGACAAGGUGUGGAAGCCAUCAGACACAGAGACACAGAUCCAACCCAGAGACAUUUUCAAGCAUCCUUCUGGAAAAGACAUACCCAUCAGAACAGUGCUGACCAAUGGGAUUGCGGGGAUUGGAAAAACAUUUCUUGUGCACAAGUUUGUGUUGGACUGGGCUGAAGAAAAAAACAAUCAAGACGUGCAUCUUAUUUUCCCGUUCACUUUCCGUGCCCUGAAUUCACUGCAGGGAAAAGAGUUUGGUUUGGCAGAGCUCAUUCAUUUCUGUAUCCCAGAAACUAAAGACGUCACAGUGGAGGCUCUGAAUUACAUCUUUACAGCUCUGCAAUCAUCAGGAAACAGCAGCUACAGCAAGAGCAGAUUCAAACUGCUGUUUGUGUUUGAUGGACUGGAUGAGAGUCGCCUUCGUCUGGACUUUGAUGUCAACAACAUUCUCUCUGUGGACAUAACAAAGUCAACUAAAAUAGAAGUCCUGCUGAGGGAACUUAUCAGUGGAAAACUGUUGCGCUCAGCUCGCCUCUGGAUAACCACAAGACCUGCAGCAGCCUAUCAGAUCCCUGAAAACCUCGUCAACACUACAACAGAAGUCAGAGGGUUCACUGACCCACAGAAGGAGGAGUACUUCAGGAAGAGAUUCAAGGAGCAGACCAGCAGCAUCAUCUCCCACAUGAAGACAUCACAAAGCCUCCACAUCAUGUGCCACAUCCCAGUGUUCUGCUGGAUCACUGCUACAGUUCUGGAGGAGCUGCUGGAAACCAGAGAGGGAGGAGAUCUGCCCAGAACCCUGACUGAGAUGUAUACAGAGUUUCUAAGAUUUCAGAUUGAUCACACAAAAGAAAAGUACGGUCCAGAGAAGUGCAUUCAGUUUAUUAAGUCAUUAGCUAAACUGGCUUUUGAACAGCUGCAAAAGGGCAACCUGAUCUUCUAUGAGAAAGAUCUGAGAGAAAGUGGCAUCGAUGUGAGUGAAGCCUCAGUGUACUCAGGAGUGUUCACAGAGAUCUUCAAAGCAGAGCGAAGACGGAAACAGGAAGACAAAAUGUUCUGCUUUGUCCAUCUGAGUGUUCAGGAGUUUCUGGCUGCUCUCCAUGUCCAUCAGACCUUCAUCAACUCUGGAAUCAACCUGCUGGAAGAAGAACAAAGUUCUUUCAAGAAGCUGAAAGUAUUUCUAAAGAAACCUGAACUAAAAUAUCUCCACCGGAGAGCUGUGGACAAGGCCUUACAGAGUCCAAACGGACACCUGGACUUGUUUCUGCGCUUCCUCCUGGGUCUGUCACUGCCGACCAAUCAGAAUCUCCUACGAGGCUUGCUGACACAGACCAGAAGUAGCUCACAGACCAAUCAGAAAACAGUGGAGUACAUCAAGGAGAAGAUCAGUGAGGUUAUGUCUGCAGAGAGAAGCAUCAAUCUGUUCCACUGUCUGAAUGAACUGAAGGAUGUUUCUCUAGUGGAGAAGGUCCAACAGUCCCUGAGAUCAGGACGUCUGUCCACAGAUAAACUAUCUCCUACUCAGUGGUCAGCUCUGGUCUUCAUCUUACUGUCAUCAGGAGAACAUCUGGAUGUGUUUGACCUGAAGAAAUACUCUGCUUCAGAGGAGGCUCUUCUGAGGCUGCUGCCAGUGGUCAAAGCCUCCAAGAAAGUUCUACUGAGUGGCUGUAAUCUGUCAGAGAGAAGCUGUGGAGCUCUGUCCUCAGUCCUCAGCUCCCAGUCCUCCAGUGUGACAGAGCUGCACCUGAGUAACAACAACCUGCAGGAUUCAGGAGUGGAGAGUCUUUCUGCUGGACUGGAGAGUCCACACUGUAAACUGGAAGCUCUCAGGCUGUCAGGCUGUCUGGUCACAGAGGAAGGCUGUGCUUCUCUGGCCUCAGCUCUGAGCUUGAAGACCUCAAAUCUGAGAGAGCUGGACCUGAGCUACAACCAUCCAGGAGACUCAGGAGAGAAGAUGCUGAGAGCCAAAGUGGAGGAUCCACACUGCAGACUGGAAACUUUCAGUUAA